UAUUUAUGUUCGUAAGACCUGGAACUCUUCACAUAUGGAGAUAAAGAAUUUCGGCGAAUGGCGUCUGAAAGAAACGUUUUCAUGCAGAUGUUGACGUUACUUUUCUGAAGCCAUGUAUCACAAAGGAGGAGAUGGAAAGCCUCGAGGGUUUGGGUUUUCAGGAUUUGCACUUGGCAAGAAAACAGAUGAAGUGGACCCCACCAAACCUGUGUCUGGUAUGGCGGGAAUGCCAAGCAAUGCAGGUGGCAGGUUCAUGCCCGGGAGGUCGUUUGGAUACAGUACUAACAUAGGCAAACGAAGGGCCAGGAAUGAAGACGAGUAUUUUGAUGACGAUGAUGAAGAGGGCGACCUUGAGUACCAGCCUGCCCCGGGAAGUCCCACCGCUGACGAUAAAAACAAAGAAGACAGUGAUAGUGACGAUCCGUUAGACGCCUUCAUGGCAGACAUUGAGGAAGAAGUAAAAGGAAAAACGAAAGAAGGCAAGGAGCAUAAGGAAAAGACAAAGAAAAAUGAAAAAGGAGUGCGAGACGAUAUUGAAAAUGAGGAUGUCCAGGAAGCGUUUUUCCGCUACAUGGAAGAAAAUCCCAUGGCUGGUGUUAUCCUUGAUGAAGAUGAGACAGGAAUUGAAUAUGACGCUGAUGGGAAUCCAAUCAUACCAGAGAAAAAUAAACUGAUCGAUCCUCUGCCACCUAUUGAUCAUUCAGAAAUUGAUUAUUGCAAAUUUGAAAAGAAUUUCUACCAAGAACAUGAAGAGAUUUCUAAACUUACACAGACACAGGUGGACGAACUGCGAAAUAAACUGGGUCUCAGGGUAUCUGGGUUUUCCCCUCCCAGACCAACAACUAGCUUUGCACACUUCGGAUUUGAUGAUGAACUGAUGUCAGUGAUAAGAAAAUCUGAAUACACACAACCAACUCCGAUACAGGCUCAGGGGGUGCCAAUCGUCCUGAAUGGCCGAGACGUCAUCGGUAUAGCUAAGACUGGUAGUGGAAAGACUGCCACAUAUCUUUGGCCCCUCCUUGUACACAUUAUGGACCAGAAGGAAUUGGAGCCAGGAGAUGGACCCAUAGGGCUUAUAUUAGCCCCUACCAGAGAACUGUCACAGCAGAUAUACCACGAGGCCAAGAAAUUUGGUAAAGUGUACAACAUCAAUGUGGUGUGCGCUUAUGGAGGUGGCAACAUGUAUGAGCAGACAAAGGCAUGUCAGGAGGGAGCAGAGAUCAUGGUAGCGACUCCUGGUCGUUUGAUAGACCUGGUGAAGAAGAAGGCCACCAACAUGCAGCGUGUCACGUACCUGGUGUUUGAUGAGGCAGACCGUAUGUUUGACAUGGGCUUUGAGCCUCAGGUCAGAUCUAUAGCAAGCCAUGUGAGGAAGAACCGGCAAACGUUACUCUUCAGUGCCACAUUUAAAAAGAAGGUGGAGCGCUUGGCUAGGGACAUACUACUGGAUCCUGUCAGAGUGGUCCAGGGGGAAGCAGGGGAGGCAAAUGAGGAUGUUACACAGUAUGUGGAGGUCAUGCCAGUCGGGCCAGCGAAGUGGACGUGGCUCAUCAAAAACCUUGUUCGCUUUACUUCAAGUAUGUUAUCGUCACCACCAGUACAUGAUCUUGACUCACCACCAGUACAUGAUCUUGACUCACCACCAGAACAAAAUCUUGACUCAACACCAGUACACAAUCUUGACUCACUGCCAGUACAUGAUCUUGACUCACUGCCAGUACAUGAUCUUGACUCACUGCCAGUACAUGAUCUUGACUUACCACUAGUACACAAUCUUGACUCACCACCAGAACAUGAUACUCACCACCA